UCUAAUUCCAAAAUAAUUAUCCUCCCUCUGUUCUUCAGCCAUCGUUUGAAAAAGCAAGCAACCCCUCUGAAAAUUUCCAAAGGCUUAAUUAGCACCUAAAGUCAAGAGAGAUCCAUCGGUACUUACAAUCUCUUCAACGAAAAAAAAAAAGAAAGAAAGUUCUGCACCGUUUCUUGAGUACGCACCGUCGCCCGGAGAUGAUUCCUUCCGAUUAUACUAAUAUGGAGAUACAUAACGAAGAAGACAACCUCUCAGCAUUGGGUAACUCUGGCGGAGACUUCGACUGUAACAUAUGUUUGGAUCAGGUUCGUGACCCGGUCGUGACUUUGUGUGGCCACUUAUUUUGUUGGCCCUGCAUUUACAAGUGGACGUAUUCUACCAACAAUUUAAGACAACGUGUCGACCAGUACGAUAAUAAGAAGGAAUCCCCAAAAUGUCCGGUCUGCAAAUCCGAGGUCUCUGACGGUACGCUUGUCCCUAUCUACGGGCGGGGACAGAAAACACCCCGGUCUGGUUCGAACGUACCGAGUAGACCAUCCGGUCCGGUUAAUGACUUGAGAAGAGUUGGUCAACAUGUAAGAGAAGGUGAGAGUCAGCAAUACAUGUAUAGGAUGCCUGAUCCGGUGAUGGGUGUGGUAUGCGAAAUGGUAUACCGGAGACUAUUUGGAGAGUCUUCGAGCAACGUGACACCGUACAGGGGCGACCAGUACACAAGUCUCCGGUUAAGACGGCGGACAAUGCAGGCAGAUGAGUUCCUAAGCAGAGUCUACUUGUUCCUGCUUUGCUUCAUGGUUAUGUGUCUACUUCUUUUCUAAUUAUAAGAGCAUCAGUAUUCACAAAGUUUAUAAGAAGGAUAUCUCAUAAUACAAUAUAUUAUAAUCAAAACUAAAUUAUAAAUUAAAAGAAUUUUUUUUUUUGAUCAAAAAUUAAAAGAAUUUAAGCUAAUAAAAAUAUUCGAAGAUUUAAGGUAGCCUUUCAAAAAAAUUUAUUGAAGUAACUUGGAUUAGAGAUUGUCUAUCUUUCUCUUUCCUUCUUUUGUUUUAUAUCCUUUUUCAUUUGUUUUAUUAUUUUAGUAAGAAGAACUUAGUUGAGAUACCAAAUGAUGUGGUUUCAAAAUAAAAGAAGAAGAUCCUCUCUCUCGACCACAUAAAAAAGAAAUAUAAAGCUUGAGUACACCACCGGCUCCUGGUGGCGCGUGGGAGCGCGUGCCGGAGCCGGUGGACCCCUUCUCCCCCUCUUUUGGUUGUUCUUUGCUUCACCUACCUCUCCUUUCCCUCUUCGUUUUGUUCGGAGCUCUGGUCCGGCGUAGAUCUACAGUCUUGUUCUUCACUCGAGAAGUGACGAAUCUGGAGGUGUUGCGACUUCCACUGGAGUUUACGACGCGGUGGUGUGGAUCGGUUUGGUCGGAGGAGUCGGCUUUUCUGGGCAGUUGAGUAGAUCGCGUUUCCCUCUUUUGAUCUCUCUUCCGGUUCAAGGUUCUCGACAAGGUAUGGUGGUGCGUCUCUCUCUCUCUUCGGUUGGCUGUGGUGUCUAUGGGCGUCAUGGUUCGUGGUUUGUGGAGACGUGGGUUGUUGGUGUUUUGGAUUUGCGGACCAUGGCGGGUCGUGAUGGUUCUGUCCUUUCAUCUUGGGUUUGUGGUGUUUUGGGGCUGUUUGGUUUGGUCCGUCACGGGUGAUAAGCUUUGGCUUAUAUUAGUCUGAACCUUCUUCUGUUUGUGGUCCUAAAUUGAAUUUGUUAGGACUCUACUAACUUUAUGCUCGGGAAUUUUGAUCGUUUAAGGGCCAAGGGAAUUUGCGUUUUGAUGGCUUUGACUUAGCAGUUUUUUAUAAGGGUUUUGUGUCCUUUGGUUGCUUGCCGUUUGGUUCUUCUUCAGUGAGUGUUCAUGGAGAGGUUUGUGGGCAAGGCUUUGUCUUCUUGUUGUUUGGUGAGCUUCUUUCUUAGUUCGUAGAGUGUUUAUGUAUCCAAGGCGCGUGGACCGAGCAGCGUUCCCCUUGUCGAGUUAUGAAGUUUCCGGAUCUUGGUCUUAUCGUUUGGCGGGUGAGGCAGCAGCGAUAAGUGUGGUGUGGGUGGAGAAGUGGAGGUUAGCGGGUGGCGGGCUAUAGGCAGCAACGGUAACUCCCGAUCAUUGGCCUUUUCUCUUUUUAAGACUGCUAGGUAUUUUUAUGUGGCCCUUGCGUAAACUUAACCGUUCUUUUGGUGCUAGUGUCGUGUUAGUUCUUAUGUUCUAUGUUUCUUAUGUCAUCCCCGUGUGGGUUUAAGUCGCCCCUGCGUGGGUUCUAGUUGCCGCUUCUAAUGGGCUCUUGGUUUUGGGGCUAUAUCGUUUUGCCGCCAACGUUUGUAUGAAUACUGAUAAUUUACUUAUGAAUGAAUCUCAAUUUGACGGAAA